ACAACUCGCCAUUUUGAAGGAAUUACAAGUUCCCCUCUACGGAGAAUUGAAAACCAAAACAUAGUCGCAUGGCUUUAUUAUUGUUUCUACGGCUGAUGAUGCUCUAGAGUGAAAAGAAUAAGCGGUUGUCUACUGACGACAGAAAUAUUGAAUUCUAAUCAACACAAAAAUCUCUUUUUAAUUCACUGAAAAUCAGUUAGGCAUACUCAUCUCAACCAACACAAAUAAAUGAGAAAUCAGUGUGGAUGAGGAACCAAGUUUCAUCUGUACAAAAUGGAUUUAAACUUAACCAACUUCGACACUUUUGAUGAUGAUGUCUCCAAAGAGAGCAAUGACCUAACAGUUGAUGCAGGAUUGUCCAAUGAAGGUCCAUUUUUAAGUAGUGUUAGUCACUCUGAAAUUUCACAUGAUUUUUUUUCAGGCCUUUCAAUCAUCCCUUCUUCAAGUGAAAUGCAUUCAGAGCAAAUUAAAAGAAAAGGUGGAUGGACUAAAGGGAAGAAAAGGAAGAAGGACAUGAACGCACCCAAGCAGCCACUGUCUGGUUACCUGAGGUUUCUGACUGAAAGAAGAGAGCAAGUUCGACAUGAGAAGCCCAACCUUUCUUUUGCCGAGAUGUCUAAGCAGUUAGGAAACGAGUGGUCUAAUUUAGCUCAGCAUGAAAAACAGAGGUACCUAGAUGACGCUGAACGUGAGAAAGAAAAGUACAUGAAAGAUUUGGAGGCUUAUCAGAAAACAGAUUCCUACAAGACUUUUAGGCAACAGUAUGACAAGAAGGUCAAAGAUGAUGUGGAGAACUCAGACACACAGGGAGGCAUGCAGGUGACAGGCAAUGGGGUGGAGGAGGAGGAAUCUGGGACUUUUGACAUCCCAAUUUUUACAGAGGAGUUUCUGGACCAUAACAAAGCUCGAGAUGCUGAGCUGCGCCAGCUGAGGAAACAAACCACAGAGCUGGAGGAACAAAAUGCAAUACUCAGUAAACACACAGACAACAUGAGGCAGGCUGUUGAGAGGUUGGAGGUGGAAGCCCAACAGCAGCGUCAGACCAACCAGGCACUUCAGGCACACCUAGAGGCCCUUAGAGCCUGCUUGACCUCAUCUUUCAGCUCAGUGCCUCUCCCAGGAUCAGGAGAGUUACCCACCUUGGACACUAUAGACACUUAUAUGGCCAAGCUCCAUAGUCUCAUACUUGACUCCCCACAGGAGAAUGAACAGCUCAUAGCAACCGUGAGGGAGAUUGUGGGGAGACUGAACAUAGAGUUGUGAAAUUAUUCUGUUGAAUAUGAGAGACUGUUCACUUGUUUAAUAGUGACUUUUAUUUUCCUGUUAUCAAUCCAUACAGGAACAUUUGAUUGUACAUAUGGUUUGCCUGUUGAAAGUAUAAAAGGCAUAUGAUAUACAUGUUAUGUUUAUUGUACUUAAGUCAAUGCUCGCCCAUAGUUAAUUAUUGUAAUGUGUAUGUAAAUAUUUACUUGAAAUGAACAAGGAUAUUUCAUU